GUCGCAGCUCGUCGUGCUUCCUGCCUUUGCUGAGGGAGGGGACGGUGCUGACGGCUGGGAGGACGAAAGGAGAGACCAGAAAGCCUUCGGGAGGAAAAAAGAGAGAGGGGAACGGCCCGGGUUUCCACCGUCCGUCGGGAAAAUAGCACCCCGGUUUUCUGUAGCUGUUGGAUUUGUCACCCAAUCGGCGCCGAAGAUGUCUGCCAGUCGUCAGCUGAGCGAGAGCAGGGCCAUCCCGAACAGGACGGUGUUGAUCAACGACACAACGCAGCUACCUCAUGACUAUUGCACCACCCCCGGAGGCACUUUAUUCUCCACCACUCCCGGAGGAACCCGGAUCAUCUACGACCGGAGGUUUCUGCUGGAGAGGCGUAACUCCCCCAUUGCCCAGACCCCCCCUGCUCACCUGCCUGUCAUCCCAGGAGUGACCAGCCAACAUGUCCUCAGCGAGAACCAGAAGAAUGAAGCCAACAACCACAUCAACAACCAUGAUGGCAAGCCUGCAACCGGUGAUGACGCUCAGUUUGAAAUGGACAUCUAGCCGAGUGGAACCACACCAGCAAAAGGAAGUGACCUGGCACCACCCGUGCCAGUGGCUUGGCUUGUAGAAACCAGUGUCGUGAGCCCUCAUGGCGGCCAUCUUCUUUCGCUCUUCGUCUCACUGCUGGAUGUAAUGUGUGUAAAACCAUGGGGAUUCAGUCCAUCAUUCAUACAGGUACAGUGUGACCAAACUCUGGAAACUAGGCUUAUUUGAAUUGAUUUUCAUGGCUACCACUACAAAUCAAUGCAUAAGAACACAACAAGGGAGUGUGUGUGGAUCACAUGAACCCCCCCCCCCAUCCCCCCCCUCUAAAAAGGUCCUAUUUUACAUUUGCAGUGCUAAUUUUACAGCUUUCUGUGCUUUGGGAUUGGCAGACCACAUUAUUAAACUUAAGGGGGAGUCUUCUUUAGUACCAGCCUGAGAUACUGUUGAAAGCUUCACUACCCUCCUCAGACUUUGCUUUAAAGACCCUUGUGACCAUGUUUUUUUAGGCAAUGUUUCUUUUUUCCUGUUUGAUUUUGUUUGAAACGACUUGAAAAGCUCCACAAUCGAUGAUCACUCGUAAAGUUAAUUUCCAGUGAUGGUAGGUGAGCGGAUGCGGUGUUGCUACUCUAUUCCAGCGUAGGUGAAGGUUUCAUGUCAUUCCAAGAUUCUAGUUUUCAUUACCGAUAAAAGCCUGCAUGACUUUCCAACUUCUCAAGGGAAAACAUGUUGUUUUAUUAAAAAUGUUUUAAUGACUUCUAGGGCAGCGAUUGGACUGUUUUAUUAACAUGAAAUGAUUGUAUUUCCCAAUGUUACAUACAGAUUUUCACAAAUCUGACAGUUAACAAUAAGGUUACAUUUCACUGCUGUGGCCUCGCAAUGAAUUUUCACAUUUAUUGUCUGCUAAGAAAAACUUUAUUUCAACUUAGUAGGAGGAAGUUGAGCUGGGUGCUAUUUGCCGGGUGUUCUACGUUCAUUUAUAGGGGAAAAGUCCUCUGUUUCCCUGAAAAACUGAGAUAAGUUUCCAUUUAAAAAAUAAAAAAACAUGAAUGAAUUAUCUGAAUUACCAUACAGAUACAUGAUGAAACUAUAAACUCAUAAUUUCAACUUUUUAUGUUCACCCAGUGCUCCAUACCAGUCCUUUUUUUCCUCUGAGCUUCAAUAGAUUGCCUUUAAGAGAGACUCUGAUUUGUCAAGACGUUACAGUGAAGCCAAACGAAUGGUCGACACACUUGAUGUUUAAAAUAUCUCUUGUCAUGGUUUACCUCCAUCAUUUCAUCUUCGCUGGACUUGAACGAGGAAUUCCAUUUCUGUUCGACAGGAAGGAGCUCUCCACUGCACCACAGUCCAGCUUCAUGGUUUACUUUCUACAUACGCACGUUAGUUUUUCACAACACGUAAAACCUCAGUUUCCUCCUCGCUUGUUGUUUGGAAGCACACCACAGUAGUCCUGGAUGAGUUUCUGAGGCUUUUUUUUCCAUAAAUUAAAACUCACCUUGUCAAGUCAAAAAAAAAACCCAACUUAUCUCAUUAUUCAGAGAAACAGAUCAUUUUUUGUGUGUUUUGGGAAUGUUUUUCUGGUUAAUUCAGAAAAAAAAAAAAACGCUCCCAUUAUUUCUUGUGUGAAUGCCAUGGGCUUUCACAGUUUUUAACUAUUCUGAUCAGAUUAAAAAAAAAAAACAACAACAACCAACAGUACUCCCCAUUUUAGGGUAAGAUAUGAAGAUUUUGAUUUUUUUUUUUAAAGUAAUCCAGAUGUUUUAUAUGCAUUUUAUUUUUUAAUACGGUUUCUUGGUGUUGAGGGUAUUUCUUUAGGUACGAGCACUUUCAAGCCUCCUGGAUUUUUAGACUCAUCAAGGAACCAGUAAAUUUACUGUUUGCGUCUGGUUUCGAUAGAUGCGAUCCCUUCAAUUUGAGAUCUGUCCCCCAGUGCCCUUAAUCCACCUGACGUUUCCUGUUUCUCGUCAUGCGUCGCGCCCACCCAUGCCUUACUUUAACAUGGAAAUGCAGUAACUUCAGUAGGUUCCUCGUCAUCAAUUUGUACUUUCCAACAGAUGUUUAUUUUUUCACUGUGACAUUAAACAGGUGACAUUGUACUUGGCAAUUCAACAGAACUGAACGUUCAAAGUUUGUUUUUUCUUUUCUCCUACAUAGUUGUCUUUGUCAAACAGCUGUGAAGUGUGUGAGUGUGUGUGCGUGUGUGUGAGUGUGGACCAUUGUAUGGACGGACGGACAUGUUGUGGAAAUUGAAAUGGAAAUGCGGUGCACUUACCACAUGCUCAUUUUGUCCUCAUUCUGACUUUUAGGUUUUUUUUUUUCUCUAAUUUUUAACAUAAUUAUAAUCCGGUCUGGUAAUUUUACUCUUUGUCGCAGCUCUAAAACCUGCUGAACCAAUCAACCACGAAGUUCCCGUGUCUCUGAUUGACUGGAACCACUGAAUGAUGUUUAUCAAAGGUUAUUGUUUAAUUUUCUGUCCCGCUUUGGAAUUAACUCUGACCAUGUUUUGGUGACAGUUAUAUUGAAGGGUUGCUUGAGCCCAGUUUUUGCAUUGCACAUUUUUGGCAACAACAGUCUUAAUACAGAACUCAGAUGGGAAAUUCAUUUCAAAUCGGUUUAGUUUGACAAUGAGGGCUUUACAUAUUGUGUUGAAAGAGAUUUGAAACAAACUUACUGUAACCUUCUGUUUUGAUUUCAAAAACUUUAUUUUACAUGAAACUCCAAUGCCAGUGGACACUGUUGCUGCAAGAUCAAUAAAAUUCCAUUGAAGGAAAA